AGUACUUAGUCAUAACUUUUUGAAUCGGCAGUACAUCCGACUAUAAUUUUUUCACACUGGAACCAAUAUCGUGAAAUAAUACAAAAUCUUAUCACAUGUGGCUAAGAUUAUUUUUUAGUGUAUUUAAUUCAUUUCUCACUCGUGUACGCGCUCAAAGACUAUACAUAAUGCAUCCUUUCUACAAAAUCCUAAUUCUUGCUUUAAUAGUGUAUUUAGCGGAACUAAAUAUACUGCCACAAUUAAGCCCCAGCUUCAAAUGCAAGGACCCAAAAAUUUCGAAAAAAUUCACCGGUGACACUGUCACUGCCACAAACCUGCUCAUCGUGACUUACUUCGGACCAUUAAUACUCAUCCCACUGAUCGAAGUUCUGAGACAAAAUUCCUUCAAGAAAAUCAAUUCGGGGGCGGUGAAAACUUUGUACAAAAAUUACCUCGUGGGGAGCUUAUUCGUAAUUUUGCUAACAGAACUUUUAAAACGUAUUGUAAAUGAGGCGCGACCACACUUCCUGCACACGUGCAAACCAGACACGAACGAGUUAUGCCAACCUGGGACCCUGAUUUCUGACUAUAUCUGCACCAACCUGCAGCUUAGUACUUCGAGUGCCAAGGACUUGAUGAGGUCCUUUCCCUCAGGACAUACCUCGCUGUCCACGUUUGGCGGCUUUUACUGUGCUUAUAUUGUCCACACAAGGCUUUCUAAAAUUCGCGGAAGUCUGGCACGACUAUUUCUCAUUGCGGUAUGUGUUAGUUGGAGUGUUGGAUGCUCGAUGUCAAGGAUAGUAGACAAGAAGCACCACUGGUGGGAUGUUUUGGCAGGAGCCACUCUAGGAACGUGCUGCGUCUUUUACACUUUACGCCUCUUGAAUAAAAAUAAACUUUUGGACAGUGCGGCACCCAGUUCCAAGGGUUCAACAAGGAAACCACUUAAAAAAGAUUAAAAAGUCUGAGGGCUGUAGGUUUUGUAAUAAUUUAUGUUUAUUUAAAUAGUAUUUUGUAGAAAAUGAAAUAAAAAGUUAAUAAAUAUUUAAGUUUUAAA